CGACGGCGGCGUCAGGUCAAGAUGCUGGCCUUCAGGAAGAGGGGCUUCAAGAUGUUUACGCUUGCCUUACUGUUCGUCAUUACAAUCACGUCGUUCUUGCUGAACUACAGCCACAACACGGUCAUGGUCGCCUGGGACCCCAAACAGCUCGUCUACCAGUUUUCGGAGCAGUUUCGGAGACUGAUGAAAUAUUCCCGGAGGCCUUGCAGCUGCCACACGUGCAUUUCUGAAGAGGGGGUCUCGCUCUGGUUCGACGGCAGGUUCAACCAAACUAUGCAACCCUUCCUGACCACACAGAAUGCCUUCAUGCCCGAAGACAGCUACAGGUGGUGGCUGAAGCUGCAAGGGGAAAAGAACCCCAAGGGUUUAAACGAGACCAUCCAGGAGCUGUUUGAGCUCAUCCCCGGAGACGCAGACCAUCUCCUGGAGAGAAGCGGUUCGCGGUGCAGGCGGUGCGCCGUGGUAGGGAACUCGGGUAACCUCAAGCAGUCGCAGUACGGACAAGAGAUUGACAACCAUGACUUCGUGUUCAGAAUGAACAAGGCCCCCACAGCCGGCUACGAGUCUGACGUCGGCAGCAAGACGACCCACCACUUCGUCUACCCCGAGAGCUACAAGGAGCUGGGCGAGAACGUCAGCAUGGUAGUCAUCCCAUUCAAGACCCUGGACCUUCGCUGGGUCGUCAGUGCUCUCACCACAGGGACCAUCAACCACACAUAUAUUCCAGUUCCACGCAGAAUCAAAGUCAACAAAGGCAAGAUCCUGAUUUAUCACCCCUUCUUCAUAAAAUACGUUUACGAUACCUGGCUGCAUCAUCAUGGGAGAUACCCCUCAACAGGCUUCCUGUCGGUUAUAUUUGCUCUUCACAUCUGCGAUGAGGUGGACCUUUACGGCUUCGGAGCUGACAGCAAAGGGAACUGGCACCACUACUGGGAAAACAACCCUUCGGCCGGGGCUUUCCGCCAGACGGGCGUCCACGACGGGGAUUUUGAAUCCAACGUAACGUUGACUCUCGCCUCGGUUGACAAAGUACGCUUUUUCAAGGGCAGAUGACCCCGGCCACGGGGAGCGCUGUGAUUUUUCGACCUGCGGGGGAAUACAGAGACAUUUGCAGAAACGAAAGGGGUCUCGGAGUUGACUGUAUCUCACGCCUUAGGCGACAAAGCCAGGAACGACCGCCGGGUUGCAAGUUUGCAAGCGGUAUUGCUGCGUUCCGUGAAUCGCCCGAGAUUUCUUUACCAACGUUUGAAGGGACGUGGGAGGAUUCCUCUUCCUGCUUCGCCACUCUCCCUUUCGUAAGACAUUUGCACUCUGUAAAUCUUGCCUUGUGCAAGUUAAAGGAAACAAAAGUUAGAUCUCCCACCCACCCCAACCCCCCGGCCGUCUUUCUGAGAAUGCAUAUCUUGAGAUUUCAUUUUCUCUGGGACCGGAAACGCAGCGAAAGAGAUGCUGGAUUUCAUUCCUGACAACAGUGGAUGUGAAACACCCUCUCCGUUCACAAUUACCUCAAAAAGGAGCUAAUUCUGUUUUUU